AUGGCUACCGACACAGUGCUGAUUGCUAUCAUGCACGAAGUCACAAAGACUAGCAGCAACCUAAUACCGCCUGGAGACGACGUCUCUCAAUAUUCAGAUGCCGAAAUCAAGAUGCGUAUAUACGGAUCCAAGCUGGUCUUGGUAGUAGAACAGAUGCAACUCCUCACCAUAUGGCUGGUCAAGGCAUGCCUGCUCAUUAUGUACAACCGUAUGACGAUGGUCCUCCCGCAACACAAGAUCGUCAUCGCCACCUCCAUAUAUGUCGCUGUCGCAUUUGUGGUCAUGGAAAUAUUGUACCUUGGGGUUUGGUGUCGGCCGUUCUCGCAAUACUGGGCAGUACCGCCGAAUUCGAAACAAUGCUCGGCAGCGACAAAUCAUCUCAUCACAAACGCCGUCUUCAAUAUUUCCAGUGAUCUAAUCAUCAUAAGCAUACCCAUGCCGUUGCUCUUCAAAGUACGCCUACCGAAGAAGAACAAAACGAUCCUUUUCGUGAUCUUCUGUAUAGGUGCGUUCACCAUCGUCGCAGCAGUCCUCAACAAGUACUACUCGUUCACAAAUCCCUUUGGAACUGAGUGGACGAUCUGGUACCUUCGAGAGUCAUAUACAGCGAUACUCUGCGCGAAUCUGCCCUUGACCUAUCCGCUUAUACAACGGGUUCUCGGUCUAAGAAACUGGAGCUCCAACACAUACACUGCGGAGAACACAUACGGGGCCAAUACCGUCACACGCGCGACGCAGUCUGCACACACGCGCGCCUAUUGGCCGGAACCUAGAGCGGAACCGAUACCUAGAGGCUUCCGUGAUAUUUUCAGGCGGACGGAGAGUCAAGAAGACAUGAAUGGCGGUCUUGGGAAGCAAAGGGAGGACCAGGAUCCACAAUUUAUCACCAGCGCGAUCGAAAUGGAGGACGCGAGGUCACUACGAGUGUCGAGCGUGAGUAAUCCUGCCAGUUGGAGAACGUCCGCAACGACGGAGGGCCACAAGGAUCAGGAGAUUUUCCAUGCCGUAUGA